AUGUUUUUAAGAGGUUCAAAAUCUGUAUGGCCCAAAAUCGCCGGGCAAAGACGGUUUCUGCAUGUGAAAACCGUCUCGACACCGAACGAGAACGCACUGAAAUUCGUGUCUUCCGAUGGGGAACUAUUGCAAGAACGCGGGAAGCCCAGUGUAGAAAUUCGUAAUACGGACGAAAAAUUGAUCCGACACUCGCCGCUCGCACACAGGAUUUUCACGCAGUGUCCGGGAGUCGAGUCCCUUAUGGUCGGUGACGACUUCGUUACGGUGAACAGAGACGAACUGGUACAUUGGAACCAAAUAAAGAACGGUGUCAUUGACGUUUUGACGCAAUAUCUUGCUUCGGGUCAGGACGCGUUGACUCCCGAGUUUUACAGCGUGCACGAAGGCGAGGUAGGUUACGAUGUGAACGUUCCGAAAUUCGAGUACACUGAGGACGAACAAGAAAUAAGCGAUAUGAUCGAAGAACUCAUCAAGACGCGGAUUCGACCCGCCAUCAUGGAUGACGGCGGGGACAUCCAGUAUCGUGGGUAUGAUCCAGUGACCGGGACCGUUUAUUUGAAAUUACAAGGUGCAUGCAAGUCUUGUUCUUCCAGCGAAGUCACGCUGAAACACGGCAUAGAGUCUAUGCUCAAACACUACAUCGAAGAGGUCGAAGAGGUCGUCCAGAUCCUUGAUCCAGAGGAACAAGUCGCUCUAAAAGAGUUUGAGAAACUCGAACAGAAACUCGCAGACAAAUCCCACUAA